ACGAAGUGAAAGCAUUCGCAUCAACAACAUACACAGCGUCACCAGUGUGGAAUUAUUGUCAGUAACUUUGAUAGUUAAAAGGUUUGGGACAUCCAGAGGAACACUAUUAUUGCUCCGCAGCCAAACAGGAGCACCAAAUCUGCCUGAGACGACGCUGAAGCGAAGACGGAAGAAGAAGAAGUGAAACCUCCUGCUGGAGUUUUGGAAGUCGCUCCAAACAGUUGGGUGACUACGCACUUGUUUCCUGUUGUCAGUGUGGCUAUUGAACACCCAGCGACGGGAUACAAUGUAAGAAACAUCGUGACAGGAUCCUCAAAUCAAAGGGCAGGUAAACAACAGGGGGGUAACAACCCAGCGGGCCCCGUGUGUUUGUUUCCUACAUGAGUCAGUCGGCAGGAUGUCGCUGAGUUCAGGCGGGUGGACUCACAGCCCGGGCUACACUGCGGACCAGUCCGCCGCCCUCCCCGCUCACUAUGGGGCCUCGCAGGCACAACUUGGCUGCCACACCGUCCUCAUGUCGGUUCGGGUGUCGGUGUGCCAUUCCGGUAUUCGGCCGCUGUGUCUUCCUGGAGCAGGUGAUGAGUCACUCCGCCUACAGCUGAGCAUGGACCCGGGGAAAUCCGGGGAAUUCCGGCUGUCGCUCCAGGACAGCAGCGGGGCUGGCAGGAGUGUGACCAUCGCUGAGUUUGAUCUGAGGACAGUAAACUAUGAGGUGAAGUCCCCCAAGUGCCAUGAGCUGAGUUUGGCAGCGCCUCCACAUGACCGCAUCAGCUUCAACUUCCGCUGUGAGCAGGAGGCCCACGAGUGGGCUACGGUGGUGAUGUCGUCACUGAGAGAAGCGCACAGAGUCGCCCCUCAAGAUAACGGUCCACAGCUCCCCCUGGAUGGUCUCCAGCACCAGAGCACCUUGGCCUUGCAAAGAACAGAGGACACCUGCAUAGAGCUGACCCGAGCCAUAGAAGCAGGUGACAUGCAGUCGGCUUCUGUCUUCGCUGCCACCCUCGCUCGACAACAUGCGGCACUCAAGAUUCAGCCCUCUGCCAAAGAAUAUGAAGACACUGAAAUCAACUUGACUGUUGCAGUUGAGGAUUCUUCUUCAUCCUGUUGUGUCACUGUGAAAGUUCUCCCUCAUAUGACGACCGCAGCGCUGAAACAGCAGAUGUUUCUUGAGUAUGGCUUCCACCCUCGGGUGCAGCGCUGGGUGAUUGGCCAGUGUCUCUGCACCGACCAGCGCUCUCUGGCCUCGUAUGGGGUUCGUCAGGACGGCGACACAGCCUUCUUGUACCUCCUGUCUGCCCGUCACGCUCGUUUGACUCGCCAAGUUUUCCAUCAGGACCAAGAGAGUGCCCUCCUCCUCAGUUCUCCAUCUCUGUCUCUCACCACCUCUCCCCUCCCUGCUACCUCUGCAAAUGGCCCCUCGUCUCUGGAGCGGAAGCCUUACACCACCCUGCCUCCCAGACUGCACACCAGCGGCAAAACUGGCGGGUCAGAGAGAGGAAACAUCGUUGAGAUCAGAGAUCUCAUCAACCUAGAGAUGCCACAACUCAAUGAAGCGCUGAGCCCCAGCACAGUCUCCACCCAGGGUUGGUCUUGCCCUUCUUGCACUUACAUUAACAAGCCAACGCGGCCGGGCUGUGAAAUCUGCAGUACAAACCGCCCCGAGAGCUACGUCAUCCCGGGGGGGUACCGACCUGAUGCACUGGAACUCAGACGGAUCCAGCAGGAGAAGGAGGCGAUCAGACAAUACCAGCAGGCAAGGGAAGAGGAGCGCAGUGAGAAUUUUGCCCGGCUAGUGAUGAUGGACGGACAGGACCUGCUGCCUAACCCAGAGCCUGUGGACUGUCGGAUCUGCUACGUGGACCUGAAGCCUGGAGAGGGGGUGCUGCUGAGGGAGUGUCUCCACUGCUUCUGCAGGGAGUGCUUAUGCUCAGUCAUCAUGCUGAGCGAGGAGCCGGAGGUGGCCUGUCCCUACAGAGAUGACACAUAUUCCUGCUCCUGCUCCCUGCAGGAGAGGGAGAUCAGAGCUUUGGUGCCAGCAGAAGAGUAUGAGCGCUGGCUGCAGAGAGGCCUGUCAGUGGCAGAGUCUCGAUGUGAGGGCAGCUACCACUGUGCCACCCCGGACUGUCCGGGCUGGUGUGUGUAUGAGGACAUAGUCAAUGUCUUCCACUGCCCCGUCUGCAGGAAACACAACUGCCUGAUUUGCAAGUCUAUCCAUGAGGGAAUGAACUGUAAGCAAUACCAGGAUGACCUUGCAGCCCGCGCUAUAAAUGACUCAGCUGCCAGGAGGACAACACAUCUACUCAAGACUCUGGUGCAGUCAGGCGAGGCAAUGCACUGUCCCCAGUGUGGCAUCAUUGUGCAGAAGAGGGAUGGAUGUGAUUGGCUGCGCUGCACUGUCUGUCACACUGAGAUCUGCUGGGUAACCAGAGGACCCCGCUGGGGACCGAGGGGUGCUGGAGACACCAGCGGAGGAUGUCGCUGCAACGUCAACAACCAGAAAUGCCAUCCUAAAUGCCAAAACUGCCACUGAGGAUGUCAAGAGUGGUCAGGUAGUAGAAGAGACCCAACCAAAACUGCAGGAUUGUUGCACACAAUGAAUCCUCCUUGUUAUGACUGAAGACAUUCUCAGUUUCCUCUGAGCACAUUUCUAACCAUCACUUAUUUCCUUUACUUUUUCAGCUCUAUCAGAGUAACAUAAAUUAAAGCUUGAGAUUAAGCUCUCACAAACAUGGAAAUGUGUGAUUUUAACCAGUCAGUGUUCUGUAUAAAUUAUCACAUCAGACUGUAAUAAUGAUCACGGUGGUUACAAGUAUGCAGGGAAAGAGUGUUACCUUUUAAAUGAUUGCACUGCAGAUGUAGCAAUACAGGUGUGUUGUUAUCUCUUUUGGUAGUUACAUACCAGGAUACAUUACGUUAAACUGAAGUGGCCUUAUUCUCGUGCCCAAAGCUGUAGCAGGGUGUCCAUGGUGACGUGUCCUGGAAAACAAAAUCCUUGUUGUGUCCUUAACAUGCAAUUUUCUGCAUAGAGCUAGAUCAAACAAGUGAAUGGAGUUCUGUAUGGUUGUGUUUUUGUGUCUGUGUGAAAGAGUGACUGCAUGUGUGCCGCGUCACCAAAGAGGUUUGAAAUGUGUCCGAUAGUUAAUCUGAUGUUCGACCGCCUGACUUUGAGUCGAACCAGACUGUUUGCAUUCUGUUAAUCACUCACAUGCUUCAGAGGCCUCUGAGUCACCUCUGACCAGCUGUGUGUUAUAUGGUGACAUCAUCAAUAGAUAGCAGAGUGUGUUGAUUAAUUGUCACAUGUUAAUUGCAAUACUUGAAUACUUUCUGAUAAGGCACAUGUAACAUUUUGUCAAUAAGCUCGUACUCCUGUUAAUAAACUCAAAUAUGAUAGGGUGAGUUUGGUGACAUCAGCCAGCAUAUUUAACAUCUGUAUAAUUGUAUCCACAAUAAUAUUUUCAAUACUUUCUAAUUCAUCUAUGCAUGAAUUUGUUAUUCUGAUACAUUAAUGGAAUUGUGGAUGGAGCAACGUAUCCUGGCUCACCAACUGCACUCUGUGUUACCCACCAGGCUAAGCCCUCGACUACACUACUGCCUUGCACUGACAAGCCAUGAAUAAGUCUUCACUGUUACUUGUGUGAAAAUAUCAGCUCUGUGUCGCUGAUGUACAGUUGUGCCUUAAUUAUCAAUAAAUACCCUUUAAA